AUGUUAGCAUUGAAACUUAUAUCAUACAUCGCAACAAUGUUCUAUAACCUAAAAUGCACAGUGGGAAACGUCUGUUGCCGUAACCUUGAAAAGGCCGGAGAACGCGGCCGUGGACUCCCCGGCGGUGGUACUCCGCGGUUUGUUGGCCAUGCGCAAAGAAGCCGAUGGUCGCCGUGCGUUGGCGGUGGGACGGCUCCGCGGCCGUCGGUUGCCAGUCCUACGCUUAGUCUGACUAAAGAAUAA